CCUUUUCCAUGGAAGCUAAGCCCUUGGGUGUUUUUCCUCAAGGGUCAAACAUCUCCUGAACCCCUUGCACUGCAUUUUCCUCCAUUUAGCUCGGCAACAGACUUUCCUUUUUACCAUUUUCGAUUCAUUGUUCGAGUCAUCAUCUUCAUCAUCAUCCAUCGAAUAUAAUGGCCAAAACUUACACAGCAGGGUUACUCUCAGCCAUGGUGGCCGCAGCUACUGUUUCUCAGAACAACCAUGCCUAUGCUGAUGGUCCUUUCAAAUUUCCUUCUUUUUCAGGGUUUCCCUCCUCCUCCAAUGUUCCUCAGCCAUCUUCUUCCGAUCCCCAGUUGCCGCAGGCCGCCAAUAUUCCUCAGGAUAGUCCUCCGCCUCCUCCCAAGGUUCGGAACGAUCAGCCGAGGACCUCAUCUGCUGGUUUUGAUCCAGAGGCGCUGGAGAGAGGAGUGAAGGCGCUGAGGGAAAUUUCAAGUUCGCCUCAGGGGAAAAAGGUCUUUGAUGUUAUAAAAAAGCAAGAGGAGACAAAGCAAGCAGAACUGGCUGCAAAGGUUGCAGAGUUUAAACAAAUGCAAGCUCAGCAUGAAAUUGAAAGACAAAGGAUUAUAUAUGAUGAACAAAAAAAGCUUGCUCAGCAUCAGGCACAAACAAAAUCCCAAAUGGCUCGCUAUGAGGAUGAAUUGGCAAGGAAGAGGAUGCAGGCAGAAAAUGAAUACCAGAGAGCCAGGAACCAAGAACUAGUAAAACUGCAAGAAGAAUCAUCAAUUAGACAGGAGCAAGCUCGGCGUGCAACAGAGGAACAGAUUCAAGCGCAACGUAGACAAACAGAGCGAGAGAAAGCUGAUAUUGCGGAAACAAUCAGAGUAAGGGCUAUGGCAGAAGCAGAGGGAAGAGCCCAUGAAGCAAAGCUAGCUGAAGAGGUUAAUAGGCGAAUGCAAUUUGAUCGUGCUAAUGCAGAGAGAGAGAAAUGGGUGGCUGCCAUAAAUACUACUUUUGAACAUAUUGGAGGGGGCUUAAGAGCCAUUCUAACAGAUCAAAAUAAGUUGGUCGUGGCAGUUGGUGGAGUGACGGCUCUGGCUGCAGGAAUCUAUACCACUAGGGAAGGUGCGCGUGUUAUAUGGGGAUAUGUGGAUAGAAUAUUGGGGCAGCCAUCAUUGAUCCGAGAAUCCUCGAGGGGAAAAUAUCCCUGGUCAGGCAUUUUUUCUCGUUUCAGGAGUACCCUAACUCGUGCAGAUUCUGGAUCUGCAUCAAAAAAUGGAAAUGGAUUUGGUGAUGUAGUUUUACAUCCUGCUCUUGAGAAAAGAAUUGAGCAGCUGUCAUCUGCAACUGCAAAUACAAAAGCACAUCAGGCGCCAUUUAGAAACAUGCUUUUUUAUGGACCUCCAGGAACAGGGAAAACAAUGGCUGCUAGAGAGUUAGCUCGUAAAUCUGGAUUAGACUAUGCAUUGAUGACUGGAGGAGAUGUUGCUCCACUGGGAUCACAGGCUGUUACAAAGAUUCAUCAGUUGUUUGAUUGGGCUAAAAAAUCUAAAAAGGGUUUGUUACUUUUCAUCGAUGAAGCUGAUGCAUUUCUGUGCGAGCGGAACAAGACUUAUAUGAGUGAAGCUCAGAGGAGUGCACUGAAUGCGCUGCUCUUUCGCACGGGGGAUCAGUCUAAAGACAUAGUCCUUGCUCUUGCCACAAACCGUCCUGGUGAUCUUGAUUCAGCUGUGGCAGAUCGAAUUGACGAGGUUCUUGAAUUCCCCUUGCCUGGGGAAGAUGAGCGCUUCAAACUCCUUAAACUCUAUCUCGAUAAGUACAUAGUCCAUGCUGGAUCAGAAAAACCUGGGCUUCAAAAUUUGUUUAAAAGGAAACCGCAGCAGAUAGAGAUCAAGGGAUUGACUGACGACAUCAUAAGAGAAGCUGCUGCGAAAACUGAAGGAUUUUCCGGAAGAGAAAUAGCGAAACUAAUGGCAAGUGUCCAAGCUGCAGUGUACGGGGGUGAGAACUGUGUGCUUGAUCCAACUGUGUUUCGUGAAGUUGUAGAUUAUAAAGUUGCAGAGCAUCAACAGAGAAGAAAAUUGGCUGCUGCGGAUAAAGUUAGUGCAUGAGGAUUUUUGCAGGUAGGUACAACCAGAGAAUUUUUAUCUGUUUUUGUUUGAUAAACCACAAGGCUGGCCUGUUACAUUUUAUCCUGGGCAUGCUGUUAUUCAUUAUUUGUCCCGGAUUGAUGGGGGGAUUUUGGAAACAUAUCAGGUGCUAAUAAUUAUGAUUUAAUAUCCGCAUCCGCAAGCCUAAUAGCAUAUUUAGGCUUCACUGUAACCUGUAGAGCAUACCUCCCCCCCCCCCCAAUUUUUUUAUCAAAAAAUUAUUGAUAUAAUUGAAAUGUGUCGAUGCA